AUGGCGACCCAAGUCGCAACCCCAUUGUCUCCAUCCUACACCUCAGAGCUCAUCAUCGUAUGCCACCACGUCCUCCAACAUUCUCCAACCCCACUAACACCCCACAGCCUCUCCUUCACCCAAGGCUUCCUGCUCGGCCAACUCUCCAUUGCCCUCCUAAUCUUCUUCUUCAUAAAAUUCUUCAUCUUCGGCGAACCCCCCUCCGCAGAUGAUCGGUCGCUGCACCUCAAUUCGCUGCGGCGCGCGCGCACCCUCGCGCACCAGCAAUCCAUAAAGCAGCUGCGCACACGCUCGAAUUCGAUAUCGCUGUCGCUGAGACAUAAAGACAGCAGGAGCAUCAUUCGCAAGGGGGAAGAGACGAGGGGCGGGCCCAGCAUCGCGACCAUCCUCGCCAAAACAUACUACAACGUCAAAGGCCACCAGCCCGAGAGCCUUGACUGGUUUAAUGUCUUGAUCGCGCAGACAAUCGCACAACUCCGCGCCGAUGCAAGACAAGACGAUGCAAUCCUCGGCUCCCUCACCGAGGUCCUCAACUCCGGCAGCAAGCCCGACUGGAUCGGCGAGAUCAAAGUCAACGAAAUCGCGCUCGGCGACGAAUUCCCCAUCUUCAGCAACUGCCGCGUGAUGCCCGCCGAAGACGGGUUCUGGUACGGCCCCGGCACCACAGGGACUGAAGAAGGCCGACUCCAAGCACGCAUGGACGUCGACUUGUCGGAUGUAAUCACAAUCGGCAUCGAAACAACCCUCAACCUAAACUGGCCCAAGCCGCUCUCCGCCGUCCUCCCCGUCGCGCUGGCAGUCAGCAUCGUGCGCUUCUCCGGCACCCUCGCACUAUCAUUCAUCCCCUCCUCCUCCCCGCCGUCGACAUCCACCACGACCCCAAACCCCGAACACCACCGAUCAAACUCCACCACAUCCUCAUCCACCUCCCCCCCACACCGCCCCACCACCCUCGCCUUCACCUUCCUCGACGACUACCGCCUCGACCUCUCCGUGCGCUCCCUCGUCGGCUCCCGCUCACGCCUGCAAGACGUGCCCAAGAUCGCCCAGCUCAUCGAAUCGCGCGUGCAUGCCUGGUUCGACGAGCGCGCCGUCGAGCCGCGCUUCCAGCAAAUCGUGCUGCCCAGCCUGUGGCCGCGCAAACACAACACGCGCGGCGGCGCGACCGAGGACGUCGAAGCCAGCGAGGCCGAUCUCGAUGAGGAGGUUAUAUUGGAAGAAGAAGAAGAAGAAGAAGAAGAUGGCGGGUAUACAUUGCCUGUGCCCCCGCAACUUCGUCACCCGAGUGCGGCGAGUACGUCGCUCGAAGCCGAGGGCGCCAAGUUGCGCGAGGCGGAGAUACGCGCGGGCGUGCGCAAGCAGGAGAGGCCUGGGAUGAGUCGCGCGCAGACGAGUCGCGAGGAGGGCGUGAGGUAUCGGCCGAAGCCGGUGAGUCGGACGAGCGAGGGGUGGAGCGGGCAGAAGGGCAUGCCUGGGGCACUUGCGCCGGGGACGUUUCGAUGA